AUGCUGCGAGAUCGUAUCGAAGAUGCAGAUGACAGCGACGACGAAUCGCUAAAGCUCACUCUGAGCAGAUCGCUGACUGGCUCAGGGGGCCUAUUAGCAACUUUCAAGAAGCUGGCUGAGGAUAUAAUUGCCAAGCUUGCACCUCAAGAUAGGCUCCGUCGACUAUCCAAACACUUCAUCUGGCCGUUUGAAAAGAAGGACAUUACGGAAAUGUUUGACGCUCUUGAGAGGCUAAAAACACACAUUGGUUUACUUCUCCAGAACGACGUUCUAAUGCUUGCAAAAGUUGCUAACCUAAAGCUUGACGACAUUGGCGAUAAGAUUGACCACUCCGAUGAUAGAUUGCGCGAUAAAGAGACGCAAGAGAUUAUCAACUGGGUCAGUUUACUCUCUUUCCAUGCAGCCCACAACGCAAUUUUCGAUAGCGUCCAGCCUGGUACAGGUACCUGGUUUUUAAACCAUGAAACAUAUUGCAAAUGGCUUAAUGGGGAUAUCGACAUGCUUUGGUGUCCAGGAAUACCCGGCGCUGGAAAGACCCGAAGAGUGUCUAUUGCCCUUGAUACAUUUCGUCGCGACAAUAUCGUCUCGAUUUAUUGCGAAUACAAUCGCCAUGAGGAGCAAACCACAACUGCUCUUCUGUCAAAUAUUCUUCAGCAACUUUUACAAGAAUCCACUGGUGAUACAAUGUUGGCAGAAGUUGGUUCGCUCUAUGAGCUGCAUAAAAGGUACGGCACACGGCCGACAAUAACACAAAUUUCCGAUCUACUCUGCAUGUUUAUCGCAAAGCUGCAAAGCGUCCAUAUAUUCGUCGACGCAUUAGACGAGUGUUCCGAGUCUGAGGCUACUGCCCUUCAAUUUAUCUCAGCCAGCGAUGACCUUCGAACAUUCGCCGAUGCUCAAAUUCAGAGAUAUCACCGGCUAGCAAAACAUGUGAGCUCAGAUUCAGCUCUGAAGGAUCUCGUUAUCAACACGGUUAUCACCAAAUCACAGGGGAUGUUCCUUUUAGCAAAGUUGCAUCUUGAAUCCUUGUCCAAGCAAAUUAGCUGCCGAGGAGUAAAGACUGCGCUCCAGGCGCUUCCUUCGACUUUAGACGCCAUGUACGAUGAGGCUAUUCAUAGAAUCUCGAGUCAGGAUGUGGAGUCUAGCGUACUCGCCAAGUCUGUUUUAUUUUGGAUUGCAUCUGUACGCCGACCUCUAACCAUACAAGAGUUGCAGCAUCUGUACGCCAUUGGAGAGAUUGCGGAAGAUGAAGAUCUGGAACAAGACGAUCUCCCAGAUGGCGACAUUUUGACUGCUGUAUGUGGAGGUCUUAUUACUGUCGACGGUGACGCGCAGACGGUCCACCUGAUUCAUUAUUCGGCGCGAGAAUACUUUGAUCGAGUCUGUCAACCAGAGAUUCUCACAGCUAAGGAGGUCACCACACUUGCAUGCUUGAAAUAUUUGAUGCUACCGGCAUUCGCUUCAGGGAUAUGCCUGAAGGAUGCUGAGAUGGAGGAGCGUCUUCAAAAGUAUGCAUUACUUGGCUAUGCUGCAAAGCACUGGGGAGCGGAGGCAAUGAACCUUCAAUCUCUGUCAAACGAUAUCCUAAGCGCUAUGCAGCUCUUCGUUAACAAUCCCAUUGCCAUUAGCGUGACGAGCCAGGCGUGGGGUAUCUCUUUAGCACGCCAUCAAUAUUGGCGUCAGGAAUUUCCAAGGGACGUCCCAGCUCUCGUUUUGACGGCUGCCUUUUUCCUUCCAAGCCUGCUAGAAGAUAUGAUCAAGGCUAGUCAUCCCAUUGAAGGUAGAGGUAGUGACGGCGAGACAGCGCUAAUCCGAGCUGCGCGCUUCGGCCAUACUGCGAAUGUCAGGACUCUUCUAGCCUUGGGGGCUGAUGCCAACACAAAAGACUACAUGGGCGAGACUGCACUUGAUAAGGCUGCAUGA